AGCAGGCAAACCCAAGCAUUUGUCUUUGCUUAAGUGGGCUUUAAUUGAGCACAGCAGGUAAAAAAAAUAUUUAAAAAUCAGCUAAGGGUCUAAGAAAAAACUCCUCAGCUCCCUGAUUAGGUUAUAGUUUCAGCCUUUAGAGAAGAUGCUGUGGAGAGUGACCGUUGCCUUAGCCGUGAUGUGUGUCGGAGGGGCGUGCGACAGCGUGGGAACCAACGUAAUGAGCAGACUGAUCAUGCCCAGGGACUAUGGGGUGAAACUGUGCGGGAGAGAGUUCAUCAGAGCCGUCAUUUUCACCUGCGGCGGCUCCCGGUGGAAACGAUCCACAGAAGAGGGAGCGGACCCGUCCCACUGGACCGCAUUCGGCGAUGUUGCAGCUGAAGACGAACAGAAGACCUGGCACCCCGGUACAGACCUCAGGGACGAGGACUCUCCUCUCCCCUUUGCCACAUCUUUCUCCAACUCCCUAGCAGACCUUCUUACCCUCUACAGAGCCACGAAUGAAAGACCUCCGUCAUCUUUAAGCUUCCCAAGCCAGCUGAGCUCAUCCAGGGCUUCUGCUGAGCAGAACAAAGAAGCUGCUGACUUGCUCGUAACGAGCAAGAAGAAGAGGAACUUUUCUCUGGGCGUGGCAGGGAUGUGCUGUAGCCAAGGCUGCACCAAGAACGAUAUCGGACGGUUGUGCUGAGGAAGGAAGGGACAGAAAGCUGAAACUAAAGAUGAGGCUCUGCACAGUCAUUUGGUUUAUACUUGUGUGAUAGCAGCCAUUAGCCUCUUACAUAUUUGAACCAAAACAUGCUCUGUAUGUCGAUUCACCUUCCCUUAAACAUGGAAUAAAUUUUAAUUACUGUUAAAAUGAUUGUCUUGCAGUGUCAAUGUGUUCAAAUGAUGGUGACCUUUAUUUUUGCCAGAUUAAAGUAAAGCAAGACAAAAAAAAGCUUUUUCUCAGGGUUUUCAUCUUCCUGAUUAUUUAAUCACCCUGAGGAACAAAGUGGUAAAUAUCUGAAAUUAAGUUGCCAACAAAAACAAGAAUCUGACUUUUAGAAUAUCAAAAAAAAAAAAAAAAAAUCUUCCAGACAUUAUGACCAAAAUGUUAUAAAUCUUUACUGGCUUAAAUGGAUAAACAGAAUAUCUUUACAUCACACAUUUACAGCGAUUUACAUUCAUCAGUCAAAAGUUCAGUCCACUUACUGGAAACAAACGUGGGGAAAGAAAAUACCAGUAGGCAGAA